GCAUGUUUAACUUGAUGAUUUAAUCCACAAGCGUAUAUACUAUAAUAAGAAUUAUUCUACGGGGACUGACAUCCAGAGACGGUGUUGGUCCGUUAAAAUAAUAAAAGAAGAGGAGUACCGAAAUCGCUGUCCUUCCCAUAAUGCAUUUUUGACGUCCUUGACGUAAUACAGUUAACGUGACAACGUUACUUGGCGACCGCAAACACAGUGGAAUACACAGCUAACUGGUGCGGACUUUCAAUUCCAGCCGAAAUGGCUGAAAAAGACCCGCCUAGGGUAACAUUUUUAGAGGUGAAGCCAGCUGCUGGCGUCACCGACGACGAUACGAACAGUUUUAUUCCACAAGUAGGUAAAAGCCAUAACGCAGUGGAAAAUAAAUUCCGUAAAGAUCAGAAUAAAUCCAAAUUUUUUCCAGUUCCACCACAUGUAAUGUCAGUACACGAGAUCCAGUUCGCGGAAACUGACAAGUCAUUCCGCGAGGUGGAAUUAAAAUUCGCAAACAAGGUCAAGGAAGCAACAGCAGAAAAUGUCCAUGGAACUGAGGAAGGAAAGGAAGAAGAUCUGAAAGUAAAUGAAAAAUCUGAGGAAUCAAGAAAGGAAAAACCGAAGAAAAAGAAACUGAAAAAGAAUUCCGUUUUACCUUUGGAUAUUUCCCAAAUGGAUAAAGAGAAAUUUGAAGAUUCCAAUAAAGAUGUGAAUGUAGGAGAACCGGACUGCAGAAAUGACAAGAGGAAGAAAACGAAGAAGGGAAAUGGCAAGGCUAAAAAGAAGAAGAAAAAAGGACCGAAGGAACCUGCCGUGGAAAUGCAGAAUGCCUUAACAACAAACAAGGAACCAGAGCAGAAAGUCGAGGUAAUUGAAGCCACAAACAAGACCAGCAACGCUAAAGAUAAAUCUUCUGAGGAUAAGAAGAAAGCCAGAAAACUACCCUGUUGCUUUGGUUUCAUUGCCACCUGGAUUGCCAAGAGGAAACAGAAAAGGCGAGAUAAAAAGAGAAAAGCGAUUGCCAACAGAUCCGGCCUGCCAAACCUUGUGCAAUAUGAACACAGGAAGGCGAAGGGAGGUGAAGCUUUUGUCAUAGAAGUUGACACUAAACCUAUCAUAAAGAAACCGCUCUUGCCGCCCAUAAAACAAAAAGCCGGACCUAUACGCCGUGGCACUGACGACAGACUUCAGAUAGCCGAAGAAAGGAGGGCAGUGGAACUUGCAAAACGAAAAGCUGCUGCAGAAACCUAUGAAAGAAAAAGGUCCAAAUGUAAGGCAAGAAAGUCAGAACUUGACAUAGGCUUCAGGAAUAAAGUUGAUCUCAACAUCAGAUUCAAACAAGCCGACGCCGAAAGGAACCGCAAUAACCUAAGCCGCCGCAAGAUAACGAAAGUUAGGCCUGUUUCAUCCAUCCAGUCUUCAUCCUGCGAAUCUAUGAGCAUUGAAGGCGAUCCAUGCGCUUUUAUUGACGACGGCUAUGAUCCUGACGCAUGGAGAGUCGACGACGUCGACAUCUUCUCUUACUAAAUUUUAUGCCGACCGACUGCCUCCUGCAAACAGUAGACCAAAUACACUUUGCUGGUCACGUGGCAGGAUUUAAAAAUAGGCUAUAAAUUCUUAAGUUUUAUUAUAAGCACUGAAUUUUUCAUUGAUAAAACUAUAAAAGCAGAUUGUAAAAUAACGAUUUUGAUUAGUAGAAAAAAAGUCUUUUCAAUAUAAGAUCAAAUAAUUUGACCUAUUUAGUAAUAAUUUGACCUAUUUAGUAGCAAAAUGUGCUUUGUAAUUUCAGCUGACCAAAUUAGAAAUUGUUUUCUGAAGGUAGGAUUUUUGUUUGUUUGAAAAUUUGAUAUUUAUCAGCAUCAAAGAUGUAAUUAUGCAAUUAUUUGGCCACGUCUAUUUUCAUGCGAUAAAAGUACAUAAAAAAGAUAAAAGAAUCUAAAAAAAUCUACCUCUAUAACCAUGAUUUAUCAUGAUGAGGUAUGAUAAAAAAAAACGAUGAUUUUUUUAUAAGUACUAAAAGAGUCUGAAAAAACAACAACAACAAUUUAAACAUGUCACUAAAUACUUCUGCCUGCAAUGAUUGAUUUAUCAUGAGUAGGUAUGAAAAAUCCUAAAACAUCUUUACCUUCAUUAAAUUUACAGAAUCUUGAUUAAUAUAAUUUUUUUCAGCUUUUGGUACAUUCUAUUGUAUUGAUCUUAUAUUUUUUUUUAAUUAAUGAUUAAAUAAUAAACUGUGCAUUUUUUUUUAAA